GCAAUUGGGUGUGAGUGUUGACUCUUUGUGUGUAUUUGUGUGUGCGUGUGUCUGUGCAACACGAAAAGGUUAAAGCAUAACGUUAGCCAAUUAGUUAAGAUAAUAAAAAGCGUUAAGUGUGCAGCAACAUUUUGAAAGGUGACGGCGAAUCAACAAAUCCCAUCAACAUCCUCAACGAAGGAGGAGGAGCUCACGCAACACCGCUAGCAACAUUUCAACAAACAGCAGCAACAUGUUGCCAAGAAUAACAUUCGUAUUGGUACUAAUCUGUGGUUAUUACCUGCUGUUUACAGACUGCCAUGAGACUGUGAGAUCGAAGCGAGCCAAACGCCCACGCGCUCCCGAACCGGUCAACUUUGAGCCCGAACCGCAGCAGGACUUGGAGAAUGAUGAGAGCGGUAGUCAGGAGAAGGAUUUGCCGGAAAUACCAACAAACUUUCUGAGUCCCUCGGUGCGCGAAUAUUUGGAACUGGGCAAAUCUAUACCAGGUCGCCCCGGUGUCGAUUAUCCGAUAUUAUCUGCCAUUCCUUAUACAAACUUUUAUUGUGAUGAGCAGCCCUAUCCCGGCUUCUUUGCGGACAUGGAGACUAGAUGCCAAGGCUGGCAUUACUGCGACAUCGAUGGACGUCAGGCCUCCUUCCUCUGCCCAAAUGGCACACAAUUCUCCCAGGCUGUUUUCGUCUGCGACUGGUGGUUCAAUGUACGCUGUGAUUUAUCGCCGAGACUCUACGCCAUCAAUGCACGACUAUAUCAGCGCCCCAAGGUGAAUCCAACGAGACCGCACCGCAUUAUUACCAAGGAGCUGGUCGAUGAUAUAUUUAAUUAAUUAAUUCCAUACAGCAUUUAAAAUAGUUUUAAAUUGAUGGCGCCUAUUAGUUUGUAGAUUUACAAUUCGUGGUCAUUUCAUUGCCUUGUUUGCAGAAAAAUGUCUUUGCUUGAAAAU